AUGACUGUCUCUACUAUUCAUGUAGUCAGAGGCAAUUAUGGCUCACUGUUAAGUUAUCAAACGGCUACAGAACUAAACCUUAUAAAAGUAAAUGUCAACAAUGUCAAAGUCACCGGUAAUGACAAAAUUGAACAAUGUCACGACUCUCUAAAAGAUAAAAUGGACAAAAAAUUUCCCCAUUUGUUUCAUGGAAUUGGAAAAUUACACAAUUUUGAGGCAAAGUUGCAUAUUGAUUCUUCUGUACCCCCUGUAGCACAACCAGCACGUCGAAUUCCAUUUCAUUUACGAAGAAAAGUUUUUGCUGCUCUUAAACAACUGGAAAAGGAUGACAUAAUUGAGAAAGUUGAAGGGCCCACACCAUGGAUUUCGCCUCUGGUUGUUAUUCCCAAAAAUGACGGAACUGUGCGCCUCUGCGUUGACAUGAGGCGUGCAAACUGUGCUAUCCAGAGAGAGCGACACCCAUGUCCCACGGUUGAUGAUCUUAUACAUGCAAUGAAUGGUGCCAAGGUAUUCUCCAAACUAGACUUGCGUUCGGGAUAUCAUCAGUUGUUGUUAGCAGAGGAAAGCAGAUAUAUUACCACCUUUGUGACACAUAAAGGAUUACGUAGAUAUAAAAGGCUUAAUUUUGGAACUAAUUCAGCUAGUGAACUAUUCCAGAAAGUUAUCCACGAUCAAAUUCAUGACAUACCUGGUGCUAUCAAUAUAAGUGAUGAUGUCAUAAUCUAUGGGAAAUCUCAACAAGAACACGAUACCGCUCUUCACAAUGUUUGUCAGCGCUUUACCAAAGUUGGUCUAACUUUGAACAACGAAAAAUGCCAAUUCAGUCAAACCAAAUUGACAUUUUUUGGUACGGUUUUCUCGGCAGAAGGAAUUUCUGCGGAUCCUCAUAAAGUUUCAGCAAUCAAGAAUGCAUCACCACCAAGCUCUGUUAAGGAUGUUCGUAGUUUUCUAGGAAUGGCCACCUACUGUGCCAAAUUUAUACCCAACUUCAGUCACUUGAGGGAACCUCUUCGUAAGUUAACCAUGAAAAGUGCUCAAUUCCGUUGGACAAGAUGUGAACAAACUGCAUUUGAUAACAUUAAAAAUGCUUUGACCAGUGAUACAGUAAUGGCUUACUUUGACCAAACAAAACCAACUGAAUUAAUCACAGAUGCAUCGCCAUGGGGGUUAUCUGCAAUACUUGCUCAAAAUUCAACACAACAUGAUGAUCGCCGAAUUGUGGCUUAUGUUAGUCGGUCGUUAUCUGAGGUAGAGAGAAAAUAUUCACAAACAGAACGCGAGGCACUCGCUAUUGUUUGGGCUAUGGAACGGUUGCAGAUAUAUUUACGUGGUGGUAAGUUUACUUUAUACACCGAUUGCAAGCCCAUUGAACUAAUCCUAGGAAACCCGAAGUCCAAACCCCUGCACGCAUAGAACGCUGGAACUUAAGAAUUCAGGACUUUGAUUUUGAUAUAAUGUACACUAAAGGCAGUGAUAAUCCCUCCGAUUUUUUAUCCCGCCACCCCUGUCAAGAAACAGAUAACAAACAUGAAAUGUCAGCAGAACAAUAUGUAAAUUUCCUCACCAUGCAUGCAGUUCCAAAAGCGAUGACUAUACAGGAAAUACAAGAAGCUACUAAACACGAUAAAACUUUACAACUGCUUACUGAAAUUAUUCGCAAGCAAGCAUGGGGCUCCAUAAAAGACUUGCCAACAACUGGAGAAGACGUAAGUGAAUUGAAUCUGUUUGCAAAGGUAAGAGAUGAACUAACAAUUAAUGAACAGUUGGGUAUUAUUCUGAGAGGAACUCGUAUUAUUAUGCCUUGUUCACUUCGCGAAAAAGCUAUACGACUUGCGCAUGAAGGCCAUCAAGGGUUGGCAAAAACAAAACAACUGAUUCGGGAAAAAAUUUGGUUCCCUAGAAUAGAUAAAGAUGUUGAAACAUUGAUUCGUGGUUGCAUACCUUGUCAGGCCAAUGGCACAGCAAAUCACCCUGCCCCAUUAAAGAUGACCGAGUUGCCCCCUAAGCCAUGGCAUACGGUCCAUGUUGAUUUUUGUGGACCAUUUCCAACAGGGGAAUAUACUUUAGUUGUCAUCGACGCUUACUCCCGCUUCCCAGAGGUUGAAAUUGUGAAGUCUACAUCAGCCACCUCAACCAUAUCUAAGCUCGAAAGAAUAUUUGCAACCCAUGGACUGCCAAACAUACUAAAAAGUGAUAAUGGCCCUCCCUUUCAAAGUAAUGAAUUUAAACAGUUCAUGACAGAAAAUGGUAUAAAACAUCAAAGAAUCACACCAUUAUGGCCAAAAGCCAACUCUGAAGCAGAUAAUUUUAUGAAACCAAUGGAGAAAGCUAUUCGUGCAGCUCACAUUGAGAAAAAAAAUUGGCGGAAAGAAUUGUACCACUUUUUAUUGAACUAUCGAGCUACCCCACACACAACAACAAAGUUCGCGCCAGCUGAACUUUUAUUCAAUCGAGAAAUUAACACCAAAUUACCAAGUAAAAUUAUCAACCAAAACACCAAGAUUGAUCAACAAGUUCGAGCAAACGAUGAAAAGGGUAAAAGAAACAUGAAAAGAAAUGCAGACAAGUCAGCCAAUGCCAAAGAGGUUGACAUUAAGGUUGGUGAUACAGUAUUGGUCCGUCAGACAAAAGAGAAUAAAUGGUCAACACGGUUUGAUCCUAAACCAUAUUGUGUAACGCGGGUGAAAGGAACAAUGAUAACAGCUACUCGUCCAGGACAUUAUAUCACAAGAAACAUUUCAUUUUUCAAGAAAGUGCUACAACAAGAGAUUCAACACAACUCUGAGGAUGCAAGCGAUGAGGAAGAUUACAGUAAACUUGAUAAUAACCUCCCUGACACAAACAUUGAGGAGAAUAAUGAACUUGCUGAGAGACGGUAUCCUGCGAGAGACAGAAGACCUAUCAAUAGAUAUGGUCAAAACAUAUAUAAUGCUUAGUAAUUUUAAUAAUUCGAUUUUAUAAUACCAUUGACAUUUUGUUAGGACUUCAGUGACAAUUCAAAGUAAGGGAGGGAUGCAGUGAUCACAUGAUAAACAUGUGAUACAAUAACAUUUAUAUAUAGUUUUAGGGUGUGUUCACAUUAGUGAUUGAUUGAGCGUUGAAUAAAUAAGUACAACAUUACAGCGUCUAUGAUUAACAAUUUACAAUUUACAUUAUACAAUUUACAAUUUAUUCAAAAAACCGAUCUUGCAGCCUAGAGGCUGAAUUACAACGGUUAAAUUUUACAAAAGAAAAGAUUUAAUUAUACUAUCUAUUACUGAUUAAUAAUACUAAACAUAAUAAAAAUAAUUGUAACAUUAAGUUAAUGGGACUGUCUAUUUCAAUUAAUAAUACUAUCUAUUAAUGUAUUUAAGAAUAUAUAAUUACAGUUAAAAUUAACAGUUAUUUUCGAAAUAUAUAAAAUCCUCAGUGACUGCUGUUUUCAUUAUUAGAACUAGCAGCAAUUAUAAAAGACUUUUUAAAUCGUUCAGUCUUGCAUUUAGGAAUUUUAAAAGUUCUCGAAGUUCUCAGAGAAUACGCUACGUCAGUAUUCGUGUCUGGUAGGAGUGGGUGCAAUUUGUGAUUUUUAUCUUCCAUUAUUUCUUUGAAGAGUUUGUCGCACGCAAUUUGACGUCUCUCUUCAAGAGUUAGAAGCUUAGAAUGGGAGAGCGCUUCGGCAUAUGAUUUGGUGGGAAAUAUGAUUUUCAUGGCUCGUCGCUGAAUUCGUUCAAUGUCUUUACACAGAUAUAUGGGAAUUCCAUAAUGAAAGACAGGAGAUGCGUAUUCGACAAUUGGUCAGAUACAAGCUAGUGCAGUAGAAACACAUCGUCUCGGUGGUAGAUACUUUGGCACGUUUCAAUUGUCGCUAAAAGUACAAUCUCUUGGAUGGCCUUUUUAACAAUAUUAUCAAUAUGACUAUUCCACUUAAGGUCCCUGCUGAUAGUCAAACCCAAAACUUUCUUUUGAAGACCAAGUCUACCUAUUUACCGUUGAUUGUCACUAGGGGAAGCUGCUGGUAAUUAGUGUUAUAUCUGCUAAAUUGUAUUCGCAUCUCUUUACAUUUGUCCUCGUUGAGGGUAAAUUUCAGGGUGUUGGAUUGGUUUUGGAUGUCAUCGACCGCAGAUUGAAUUUUGCUAUCCCCUCCUCUGGGUAUUACCUCGGCUAAAGACAAGUUGUAUCAUCUACGUAUUUCCAGAGGUUGUUACUGACUGUGUUGAGGUCAUUGAUCGUAAGAAUAUAUAACCAAGGACCUAGCCUGCGAACAGGCUCUCAAGCUGAAUUGAGAGCCUGCAUCGAUGACUAAUGAAUUUGAAUAUCUGCGUCUCAAAUCGUGACGCGCAAUUCUCAUUGGUCAGAUGCUAUAAUUUAUAUUAUUCCGCUGAGCUCUAUAUAUUUCAACUGUUGCACUAUGCAUAAAAAACACAUUAACUGAUCAAAUUGAUCUUGGCCAUCUUAUCUCAAAGCACGAAAUGUUCUGUUUUGAGAAAACAGUAUUUAAAACAUUUAAACUUUUGCUUGAAUAUCUUAUAUUUCGAAAAACAGUAUAAACUGUACGGUCUAUUCUAAAUUUAGUUUGCACGGUCUAAAUUUAGUUUGCAUGAAAGUUGUAAACAACACCAUAUAAGGAUAGACAUUCCAUAUUUGGAAAAAUGAACGUUACAGGGCAGAUAUUCAAAUUCAUUGGUCAUCGAUGCAGGCUUUCAAUUCAGCUUGAGAGCCUGUUCGCAGGCUACCAAGGACCGAGUUUGGUUCCCUGGGGUACACUUGGCGGGACUAGGGACCAUUCUGAAUAGCAGUCAUUGGCUAACUUUACUCUUCGUUGGCGAUUUGUCAAAAAAUCUCUUACCCAAUUUAUAACACUCGGUUAUACGAUUAACAAUUAGGUUAUAUGAGCUCGAGAUUUCUAUGAGGUGAUCGUUGAUGAGGGCGAAGCCCGAAUUAACUAUCACGCGUCAUAGAAAUUGAGAGCGAGUAAUCUAAUUGUUUUAUAGUAGAAUCAGAGAUCAAACAUAAAAUAUUCCACAAAAUAAUUCAAUAAAGAACGCGUGCCGGAAGACAUUUUUUUAAAAAAAUUCGCCAGGAAAAUGAUUGUUUUGCUACUCGUUAUUUAUCGAAGAAUAAAUAGUGAGUAGAGUAUCCAUGCAAUCAAAUUACAGCAUUUGCAAUAGUACACUAAUACACUAAUGCGUUUUAGAUGCGCUAGAUAAUGAGACUUGGGCCGGGCAUAUCGAUAUGCAGUCUCAUUAGGUAGAACUGCCAAAUCUGCAGAUGAUCGAUGCAACUACUUGAAAAAUAGAAGAAGUUCUUAUCCACUACCUACACUGACACUCACCGUUCGAGAUCUCAUUAGUUAUUCACAAGCAUAUUUAAGAUGACAAUACGGCUCCUUUCCCAGCAAUAAUCAGAAACGCUUGGAAUGUGGGCAAUACCACUGUUGAUUUGCGCAUGCUCACAACAAUAUAGUAUUAAUUGGCUUCAUUUUAUUUAUGCAUAGCAUAUGCACUAUCCAUACAGUAGCAGUUUUUAAAUCAUUUCUUGUCUAGUACCUGGCUUCGUCGGUUAAAUGUACUACUUUUGUGCUGGAAAAUAUAGCUUUUUUAGCUGCAAUGCAUAAUAUAAUCAGACAAUAAAAAGUUCUGAAACAUCCUGUAUAUAUACUCCUGUUUUUUUCCCACUAUAGUUUGUUUUGUAUCCUGGUCCCUGCGAAGAUUGCCCAGUGAAAGUCUCUCCGUUACUGUCAGCUUUACGCAGUACAAGAUAUGUCUUUAUCAAAGAACUCUAUAUUUGGGAUUUACCAAUGAAACAUGAAGAUGUCGCCACUUUGGUAUGCCAUUAAUUUUCUCGCCACUUUGCUAUGCCAAUAAUAGUCGAGGAACAGGCAUUAAGUGUUUUGUUUUAUAGCGAUCGAUGAAAGAAAAAACAACAGCGUUUUAUUAAAAAUGAUCUGUAGUGUAAAGGAGUUUAAAAUUAAAAGAACCUACUCAAACGGUUUUAGUAGCAUAUGCUGUUGCCUGUUGUGUAUUUUCCUUCUCUUUUACAUUAAUUAUUUUAACCCAAACGUGGAAAAUCGUAAUUUAUAAACUUGCGUGUAUAUAUGCGGCCAUUUUGUUUAUUUAUGUACGUAUUUGGUCGUGGCGGGCAACAAUUUUUCACUUGUUGCCCGUCAGGAUCAAUGGUCAGGAUACAUUGCAUUUAUCUAAAGCCACGUGAUCACAAAUCAGCCAAUCACGUGCAUUAUAUAAUCCGAGUGAGUUAGAGACUUUCAUCUCGCUACUUAAUUACUAUCUUGGAUUUCGAUGAACUCCAGUUAACUGAAAGGUGAAAUAUCAGUUUCUAUUUAAGGUUCUUACUAGUAGUGGUGCAAACGUACAGGCGCAAACGUACAGGUGCAAACGUGAUUUCAUUAAUUAAAUAUUCAUUUGUAGGCUUUGUUUUUGGAGAAAGGGAUCUAUCGUGUUCAGUACCUGGAGUUAAUGAGUUGCUCAAUUGAAAGUUACGCUGUACAAAGGUUGGGAAGGUAAGGCCAGCAGUGAACAAUUAAUGUAGCGUCUUGACUUUCAAAAAGUUUCAAAAAGUGCCACAAUGAAAAAUUUUCUGAGCCAGUCUCAUAUUUACCUUUAUCCCGUCUCCCAGUCUCUUACCUAUACUAUGGUGUCUGAAGUGAUUGAAACCUGUAUGACUAUUCUCAAUCAUUAUUUUUACUAAAAAUUAUGAUAAAUAUAAUUUUGAACUUUCCCUGAAAAUUCUUGCGACUUCACUGAAAUUUCAUGCACCUCCCCUUGAUGAUCAAAGUCAAAAUUUGAUUCAAAUCUAACAGUUGACUUGAAUGAUUGUUAUUAAAUUUUUAUGUAAAUAUUUUAAGGUAAUGCCCACAGUAAUUGGCAUAUGCUGUUGUGGUGACCCUGCCCUAGUUGGCAAAGCUAAAUAAAUAAAAAAAGGUCUUCUCCCUGUGAUAAAGUUAUUGUUGUAUAAAAUUGAAAAAGUGAUAAUCAUUCAUCUCUGUGUCAAUUACCGUUUUAAUGCAUACCUUGUAGUCACACAAGGUCUUAAUUCAUAAAUACAAUGGUGGUAGAUAUAUAUAUGUAUAUAUAUUAAUUACAUUAUACUUGCAUGCAUGCAUGCAUGCAUACAUUAAUGUUGUUGACAUUAGAAGGGCACAUCGUAAACCCUAACCCAGACCGCUCCACCUCCCCUAAAAUGUUUCCUCCUCCCCCAACAUCAAAUCUGACCCUGCUAAACUAGCCCUUUGUUUUAAAUUUGUAGAUCGUUUUUGUUAAACUGUAUAACUUCGCUCUUGCUUGACUAUAAUCAGUGAGUAGUAAUACAUAUUUUACACGUUAUCCGUAGUAAACUUCUUGUAUUUAUUUUGUGCGUGUUAAAUAUCUACAAGGUUAUGUACGUUACGUAUAACAGGAUGUUCGCACAGUAGAUAGGUUAAUUAAAAGGUAUGGGCAAAUUUAAAUUUGUUCAGAUUGAAAGAACUUCUUAAACUGUAGAAUAAGGCAUUCGCAAUUUUUAUAUCUUUCUUUGAUCACGACACUCAUUUUACCACUUCUCUCUUUAUUUUUUUCUGUGCUUGUAGUUUUCCAUUCACCUUCCAUUUUUCUAUAUUAUCUCAUCUAGUGGUGAGCACCAUUCAUGGCACCUAUCAGUAUCGUUUCGCCACAUUUGGCACCUUUUAUAGUUACUGUUCUCCAUAUUUUUGUGUCAUAAUCUAUGUAAGUUAUGUACAAUAUUGUCAAGAUAUCUACGUCCCAAAUUAAAGCUGUUAAAUAGAAUAAAAAUAAAAGAAGUAAAUAAAGUUGGAUGUUCUUCUUUUUACCUAACUCUGAUUAUUUCAAAAUCAUAUUUACUCUAUACCAUAAUGAAAUAUAGGUUUGGUGAUGAAGGCUGUGAAGGAUUAUGUCGUGGCUUGAAAAACAAUAAAACUUUACUGAGACUGAGCUUGAAUUACUGUAACCUUGGUCCAGCUUCUGGUCGAGUUUUGGGAGAUCUCUUGACAGAAACUGCUGUAUGGUGAGUUAAAUAUUGCUGUGAUAAAAAUAUGAAUUCUACCUGCGAGCACCUGCUUUAGAGGAUGGUAGAAUUUGUUGUUUAAUGCUUGGCAUGGCCCUAAUUUUGUGAAAAACUUUUCACAAAAGAGUUAUCUACAACUGGGGAUAUACUUCUAUUGCAAAUAUACAGGGUUGUGUUUAUGCUUCCAAUCACCAAAGAUUUUCCCUUGAUUGUCACACUGUGUCUGUGCCUUUAUCACAGAAUAAGAGCCUUACAGAAGGUCGACUCAGCCUUUUUUUAAUAUUUUCAGAGGACUGAUUGCCUCUCAUAAGCGCACCGGCUAGAAACAUUGCGACGGCAUUGCAACGGUUACGCCAAAAUAAUAGCCAAAACCAAGAAGUCAACCUAUAAGAUUCCUCUAUCUUCCACGGAUGUUUUCAAAGGAAUUCAUUUUGCAACUGCGCUAGAAGGGACGUGGUUCAUAGAUACCGUAAUCAUAACCGCUGAAAUUUGUAGCUGGCGCGAAAAAGAAAUCUCCUGCCUUUCGCUAGUGAAAAGUCGCCAAAAUUGCGGAUGCUGAUGCCGCUUUUCUGACCACAACCAAGAUCUGUUCAAUGCAUAUGUUUUAAUUUUUCAACUAUGUUCAAAAUUUACAGUGAUAUUUAUCUCGAUGGCAACCAUCUGGAGUGUGAAGGUGUUAUUGAAAUGAUCAAAUUAUUGGCAGACAAAGCUGAAAUGGAAGCAAUUGAACGAGCUGAGAAAAGAGAACAUGCAAAUACUGAUCCUGUUAGUAAACCUAUGUCUGCGGUAUCGCAAAUGUCAGCAACCGAUACAGCGGUUGAUGGUAAUAAACUGCCAGAGGUUCCUGCAGAGAGCUCAAGGUACUAUAUGCAUGUGUAUUGAAAUAUAUAUUUAAAAAUAAUUAAAUAUAUUGAAUUGGUAUAACUCAUUACAACAGUGGUAAUAUAAUUAUUAUACAAGGCAGAAUAACAAUAAUACACGAAGUAUCUUACCAGGUUAACAGCCUUAUACUCACCGAAAAUUAUGUAUUAAUGAGAUAUUAUCAUAAACGCACUUAGUUAAUGUAGUUAUAAAGGUCCUAAGUAAUAGGAUCUAACAUGAGCACACGUUCAUGGUGUUCAUUUUACGACAUCUUCGUCAAAUACUGAUUUCGUUCCUCCAAAAUAGAAGUCUUUAAGGAGCUGAUCACAUGGAGAGUUUUCAGCCAGUUGAGUCUCAACGUGGUUAACGGAGCUAAAAUUGUUGCACGAUUUUACGGUAAAUUUCAGCUCGAGAUGAGUUAGAAUUUCAGUUGAAACCGGGGCGAAAUCUCAGCUCGGGUUGAAACGAUGUAGAUAUGUAGUCUCAUAAUGGAGCUAUGCCGCUUCUUCCAAGAAUUUAAAAUGUUGUUCACGUCUAUUAUUUGACUUCUGCGGGACUGUGGUUGUAUUUAAAAACACAACAUACAUGCAGAAAUAAAGCCACUUAAAUGUGCUGUUUUUUCAGGCCGGGUUGAAAUUUUCCGCCGAUUACAAUUGCGUACCUUAAUUUUGAGCACGUUUCACUUUGAAAUGGUAAAUUUAAAGCAAUGAAAAGAAAGAACUAUGAAAGAAAUGAGGCGAAAGUAGAUUUGAAAUAUUUCUACUAUAUUUACCUCCUCCAGACGAUUAUGUUGUCAUCCGUGUUUGUAUGUGCAUCUUUGUUUAUGUGCAUGCUUGUCUGUCUGUCAGGACGAUAACUUAAAAACGACGUAUUAAUACGAAAGUUUGAGACUAAAGCCGGUUUUCCACUUCGCCCGUGUCGUACCGAAACGUACUGGUGAGCAUGCGCAGAUUGAAAACAGGUUUAUAAAUCCACGUACUUCCGGGUGUAUUCGCGUAUCAAAAUAAAAAGUUAGGAGGUACUAACCAAUCAACAUUCACGAAAUUUUGAAAUUUAAAAACGUUUUUGAUACGUUUCGGCGAAAUUGUGAGCAUCCCAAUUUUUCAGUUCUACUUGACCGCUCACAAUUCAAAAGAAAUUGAGCGAGAAAUUUCGACAACGCAUUUUUCUGCAAGUGGAAAUCCAGCUUAAAGAUAUUACACAAGGACAAAAUGAUGAAAACUGGAUGAGAUAUUAGCAAACGUUUGUGUUGCUUUGCCGGAAAGAGUAAACCGAAUGGGUAAUUAACCCAUUGUAUAAUUUAUGCGUGAUAUAUAACUUAAUUCGUUGGCAUUGGGAGAGGUUUAUGCGGUCUCCGAGUGCCCUCUAGUUAAUCUUGUUUUAAUCAUUUAUAGUAAGGCGGGAAAAUCUGACAAAACUCGUGGCAAGAAAGGCAAGAAGAAGAAGAAAUCUGCCAAAAAGAAAGUGAAACCGCCGCCAAGAGUUGGUCCGUGGGUUGAGAAAAUUCAUAUUGCAAAUAAUGGCAUCGAUGCUCAUGGACCUGGAUCAAACUUAGCUCCGGUCAUGUGUAUGCGAUUAUUGAGAAAGUUAGUAGUUCAGUGUGAAAAUUUAACUAUGAAAUUAAAAAAUUUGAAAAUAAAAAAUUAAAUUAUUAUGAAAUUAAAAAAUUAAUUAGAAUAAUGUCAAACCUUAUCUAACGCUUUCAUAUACCAAACAUGGUGUUAAAACAGAUCCAACAACAUUGUUCCCAUCAAUAUAUGGUUUCAACUGGCCUGAAGAAGCUUGAUGAUAUUACCAGAGUUUUUUUUCAAAUUUUUCCAAUAAUUCCAUACGACAAUUAGACAUAAAACAUGAAUUAGAAGGAUUUUUGAAGAAAUACACAUUUAACAUUUUAUUUGCAAUGACUUCUUCAUUAAUCCCAUUUAAAUUUGGAGCGAUUUUUAUUAUAUUUGAGUUCCCAAUAUUUUUAUCAGGUUGGUAACACAUUCAGAUUGUCUAAAGGAAAUAGACUUGGAACAUAACUUGAUUGGUGAUUUAGGAGGACGCGAACUCUUAGAAUCUCUAAUGGAUCGUAAAGAAGGUUAGAAAUCAUCUAAAUCGAACGAGACUUUUAAUGUUUUAUUUUGUUUCAGUAGCAUAUUACUAGUGACCCCUACUGUACAUUCGCUGUGAGCACAAUAGAAUCGACGGCCUGGACAUUGCAUGGACUGGCAAAACAAACCUGGUUUCUUGGCAUUAUUACAGAAUGCUUUUGCGAGUGUUAUACCAAAUAUUAAAUAUAGAAAGUUCUAUGAAGAACACGACAGCUACACAAUCGUCGUAGCUAUAUUCCAAGAUUUUUCUUGAGAUAGCAACUAAAGUUGUUUUCUUUUAUCCGAAGUAUAUGGCAACGAUAUCAGACAGAUUUAGAAAAGAUCAGCGACGCAAACUUGAUGACGCAGUCUCAAUUUCAGCUCAAGAUUGAGAGCUAAGAAAUGUGAUUACCGUAAUAAAUUGAAACUUUUUUAAAAUAAUCUUAUACAAACGGCUAAGUUCGGUAAAAACGAUCCGGUGUCUGCUAUGAGACAGAUUUUAUGUAACUCCUCCAACGUCGCAACAAGCGUUGCUCCAAUGACGUGAAAAUGUUAGUUGAGGAUACCCCGGAUCACAAAUUAUUCAAAUAUUUUGUUUUGCAUGAAGAAUUUCUUUGUUUCGGAAGGCGAGUCUUUCAGCUUGCGUCGUGUUUUCUAAAUAUGUCUAUUAUAAACCAUCGGCCCCCUCCGAGAUGGUUGGAUCCCUCAUAUAGUUGCUCCAUUGUCUAUACCGCUGAAUGGCAGCCACAUAAAUCGAUGUUUUCAAUGUGUUAAGAAAUGACAAGUAAAAUCUCAAGCCCUCUUUCUGAUCAAAUCGCAGCGAUUUAUGGCGUCGGAGGCGAAACAUAUUUAUUUCAUUAUCUGUGAUUUGAAAGGCAUUUAUACACUGUUGUAUAUGCAUAAAAAAUUACUAUUAUGUUUCAAAUUUGCAUGAAAUGCUGCUACACAUUCCACAUCUAGUUAUUUUCGAAACAAUCCCUCCAAAGAAAAGCUUCCUGGAAAAUACUUGUUUUGUCCACAUCUCAAAUAAAUUUAAGAAUGUUUUACAAAAUUCUCAUGUUCGCUUUUGUAGCCAAGCUCAAUUCAAUAAAACUUCGAACGACUCAUCGGAUGAAUUCAACAACGUUUGCAAACUUAGUGAAACUUGGAGGAGGUAUGAAAAAGAAAGCGAAGAAAAAGAAAGGAAAGCCUGGAAAGGUAUGAAAUUGUUAAGUACACACAUGAGUAAGUUAUCUUCCUUCGGACGUAUCAUCCAAGAAUUCAUCCGGGAAACUUACGAUGCAAUGACCCCAUCCUAGAAGUGAGACUCCAGGGGUACCCCUUUCCUGCUUGAAGAUAUCCCCAAUUUAUGUCUAAGUGCAAGGACGAGGAUUUUUUCGCUGUGUAGCUUCCUUGCAUCCCAGGUCUUUUUUAUGACUGCAACGCACCCAACAUAUAGUUGUGAUGUAUUGGGGUAAAAAAUUACACAAGUUGUCAAACUGGAUGUCAUGCUAUAAUUAUUUUAACAGAAAAUAAAACUAUCUCAGCGCACUGAGAAUCGUAAUCAUACUUUUAUGAAUACAUAAUAAUUUAAUUGGUUCCUGAACGGUCGGUGACCUCCAGUACGGACCACUCACUGACCUCACGCGAAGAAAAACUUAGAUAACUCUUUUCGCAGAAAAACACUAUAAAUAUUUGACCUUGGUAAGUUUUACCGUAUAACUUAAUACCAUAAGGAAAAAGAACGAGACUAAUAUCCUACCAGAGUACCAGUUUUCUUCUAAUUUGAUAGGACUUUUGAAGAAAUUGAACUGAACUAAAAACAAAGGGCAAUUUAAAUUUAAUUAUGCGAAAUCAACAAGUACUUGUUUUGUUUAACAAAGCCUUAAAUAAUUAUAUAAAAAUGUCGAUUAAAGAAAGAGUAGCAGUGGUUUAUCAGGUUUAAGGCACGUUGUAUGGAUUGCUAAAGUAACUACAUGUCAAAAUAUUGCCAUAAUAUGAGAUGAGUCUGUGAAUUCAGUACAGUUGUCAUACAUUAUAAUAAACUCUCGUCGUAUAGGGCUGAUAAACAACUCGGUGCAACGCACCUCGUCUACUAUCAGUUUAUGUACGACUCGAGUUCGCAGAACAACUGUUUUGGUAGAUGCUUCAAACGUUGUAGUCAAAUUGGAGUUUGAAAGAGUGACCAAAUUAUAAUUUUGGGCCCAUAAUGACCAUUGCAUACAUCUGCUUGUGACGUAAGAUGCAUAUCCACAAUAAUCCAAGAUGGCGGAAAGAUCACUGAUUUACGAUGAUUCUGGUCAAAAUAUUUCGAGAACUAAGGAACAUUUCAAGUAGCUGUAAAAAGGUUUUCCAUCUAAUUUUAAAAGUUCUUCCAAAUGAGACAAACCAAAUUUGUAUUGCCAUAUCUUGCCGCCAUGUGUAUAUUGUUCUUUAAAACGCCAAAUUUUGUAUUUCCUUGUUAUUUCUUGCAGAAACGCAUUUAA